AUGUCAUGCCUUCUCGACGGUUGGACAAUUUCAACUGUUUUUGAUUAUUCUCCCCCCAUUUCUCUCUCUCCCUCUUUCUCUCCCCAUUCUCUCUCUCUCUGUCUGUCUGUCUUUUUAUCUAUCUCUCUCUCAUUGUCCCUCUAUAUUUUUUCCUUUAUCUCUCUGUAUCUCUCCGUCUUUCUUACUCGUUCUCUCUAUGUGCCUCUCUCUAACGUUUUUGCCUCCUCUCUCUCUCUCUCUCUCUCGCUUUAUUUCUGUCUUUUUUCUAUCUAUCUAUCUAUCUAUCUAUCUAUCUAUCUAUCUAUCUAUCUAUCUAUCACCCCAAUCACAAACACUCUUUUGAUGUAUUUGUCUCUUUUUCACUCUCUAUUUCUCUAUGUCUUUGCUUUGUGGCGUAUGAUUGUGAUGUUAUCUAUCUAUCUAUCUAUCUAUCUAUCUAUCUAUCUAUCUAUCUAUUGUUGA